CUUGGUCGAUUUCCACCAAUGAUGCAUUACCAAGUGACGCCCGACAGCCGAGCUGCCCCUCAUUUUCCAAGGUCCCACCUUGCUGAAGCAGUUGCCAAAGCCAAGGCAGGUGGAGGUGGAAGCAGUGGCGGAACUGGGAGAGGUCUUGUGGGGCAGAUUAUCCCUAUUUAUGGAUUUGGCAUCUUCUUAUAUAUUCUAUACAUUUUGUUUAAGCUAUCUUCUAAGGGGAAAACUGCAGCUGGGGAGCGGAAAUGUCCUCCUGCUGUACCUGGAAACAUGAAGAGGAAAAUCACUGACUAUGAGCUCACCCAACUCCAAGAAAAACUGAGAGAGACUGAAGAAGCUAUGGAAAAACUGAUCAGCAGAGUAGGGCCUAAUUGUGACAGUACAACUCAAAAUGUUACAACAGACCAGGAGAAGAGGUUACUUCAGCAACUCCGAGAGAUUACUAGGGUUAUGAAAGAAGGAAAAUUCGUAGAUGGCAUCUCUCCUGAGAAGGAAGCUGAAGAAGCUCCCUACAUGGAGGACUGGGAAGGUUAUCCAGAAGAGACCUAUCCUGUCUAUGAUAAUUCUGAUUGCUUCAAGCAUAAACUGGACACAAUCCUUGUAGAUUAUCCUGACCCAAACCAGCCCUCAGCGGAAGAGCUAGCAGAAAGAAUGGAGGGCAUGGAAGAUGAGGAUUAUCUGUGCAAGGAAACCCUGCUAUCUAAUCUCACCACGGGGAGUGGCAGCCAUGAUAUAAUGCAGAAGAAGAAUGAGGUAACUGGCAUCAGCGACCAGGGCAGGGACCUUCAUGGCAGCCUGGCCUUUGAGGAGCGCUGUUACUGUUGUGAGGAGGAUGACGAUCCUGCUGUCGCAGCAGAGAAUGCUGGAUUCCACUCUGAGAGCUGCAGUGAAGCAGAAGAGCCAGCCAGAGAGGAGCUGUCCGUAGAAUCCGACAAUGAAAAUGCAGCACUGAAAGAGCAAAAAGCCAGUGAUUCGGAUGAAACAGGCACACUGAGGAAGCGCAACACAAAAGGACUUGAGUAAUAGGGACAACAUGUGGACAUGAUCUAGAUGGUGACAGUAGAGGUCAUAAACUGUCAUUUCAUGUGGGUUUUUGUUCUGAUGUUGCUGUUUGCUUUCAACUCCUUGUACUAAUUUCAUUCCCACAGUAAUGAGCGCAUCAUCUCCUACCUGAACUGGAAGCCAAUGCCCUCUAUCAUGCAGUCUUGUCAUGGCUUAUACUGACUUGCCAGCAACACUUUGUCUUGCUUUUUUGGAGGCUGAUAUGUUGGAGCAGAUUACAUGGUUCAGCUGUUCAUGAUUCUUUCCUUUCUAAUUUCUGAACAAUCGGUUCUUAUUUUUGCCAUUGUCAUCCAAGAGUUAACCAAAUGUCUCUUCUUACAACUAUCUGCGUCUUCCUUAUGAAAAUGACUCAAUAUGUAUUUAUGAGCCUAUCAAUCAGGAAGAUGGAGGAGAAAAUAUGCUUGCUUUCUCUUACCUGGAUGUUAACUGAUCGGCAGAACAGACCAUAGUCACAAGACUAUUUGUGUAUUUUGUA